UCGACCGCGGAGCUAUGUCUGCUGCCACAUACGUGACAGCUGGGUUACUCUUGCUGAUGCUUGCAACCUCCGUGAGCGCCAGCGGGCCAUACGACGUCCAGCGACAGCACAGGUCGAUAAACGUAGCCGACGGCGACGUUGACGCCGACGAGAUGUUCUACCUGGACGGUGUCAUCACAGACGAUGACGACACCGGAAAGUCGGCCGGACGGACAUCGUUCAAUGUCGACAGGUCCUUCUUGCGUCUUUCCGCCGCCGAGCCCGUGCCUGCCUUCCGGCUUGCAAAGACAGCGAUCUACGGCACAAGGAUACCACAUCAGCGACAACAUCGGACGUCGUCAAGGUCAGAAGAAGCAAAUGACCGGUUGGCACCGUUCGUAAAGCGCAUGCUCAUGGUACCCGACGUUCCACAAUGCACUAUGCGCUGUAGCAGAUGUCCGAAGUGCGCCCCAGUCUGCUGUAAGUGGAUCAUGCGUGAGAAGUAAGCCGGUUUGCCCGCCAGAUCGAUGGACAAGUUACCGCGGUAUUGAAUAAAUGCAUGAAUGAUUAGGUAUAAACAAUCGUGACUUCUGAGUGCACUUGCGUUUCCAAGUGCAGUGUGUAAAGGGCCUUAAGGACCGUUGGCAAGCCAGCGCUGAAAAAAAAUAAGCAAGUUGUGCACGGUAAAAUAAUGUGACAUUGUAAUUCGCAUUAGAUUUUGUUGAAAAAUACGCAAAUAAAGUGGCCGGGAAAAUAUA